AUGCCUUUUCGAGAAAUUUCAUGGGUUGGAGGUCAAGAUCGAUUCGUUGCAUACUUCUCAACGAAGAUUUCAUCCGAUUUGGUUGAGUUGAAAGAGUUUGUGUACGCACGAGUUUGUUUCUUUUGGUGCUCGGAUGGCUUCAAUGCGGAUACGUAUUUCUCUGUUUUUGCCGAUUCCUAUGCCAAGGAAAAAGGCAGUGACUCUUCCAAUGAUGAUGAUGGAGGUGGUGAUGAAGCAGAUUUUGAUUUAAAUGAAUCUGAAGAAAUUGAUGAAAAUGAAGAAGAGAAUGUUAUGGGUGAUGAGGAAGGGGAGGGUAGUGAAGGUGAAGAGAAGGAUGGUCAAGCCGAUGAAGAUUCUGACUCAAAAGAAAAAAAUGAUAAUGGCAGUGAUGAUGAAUCCACUGAUAGUGAGGAGAAGAAUUUCGUUGAUUUCAAUGACGGCCCUACUCAAAUAGAUGUUGAGGCUACUUUUGUUCGGUCCUGUAAAAGCAGUUGA